CCGACUUGCUCGCUCUCUAUCAGGCGGGGGGUGCUGGUGGUGGUGUCCCUGUCGCUCCUGUCGCCGGCCAAGCCUGCGUGAGGCUGAGCGGAGGAUGAGUGAGCAAGGAAAGGGCUCGGCAUCCGCUUGCGCUGCGGCCCCGUCAACAACAGCAGCAGCAACUGCAGGAGCAACAGCAGCAGCAGCAGCUGCAGGCUCGGAUACUUACAAAGGUUGGCUUUUUAAAUGGACCAACUAUCUGAAAGGGUACCAGCGGCGAUGGUUCGUCCUAAGCAACGGCCUGCUGUCCUAUUACAGGACACAGGCGGAAAUGGCACACACAUGUCGUGGGACCAUCAAUCUGGCCACUGCUCACAUCGACACAGAGGAUGCCUGCAAUAUUGUCCUGAGCAGCAGUGGCCGCACAUACCACCUGAAGGCUAGUACUGAAGUGGAGCGGCAGCGAUGGAUCACGGCUCUGGAGUUGGCUAAAGCUAAAGCCAUUCGCAUGAUGAAUGACCAGUCGGAUGACUCAGGAGACGAGGAGCCGGCAUCCCAAUCGGACCGCAGUGAGAUUCAGGGAACUUUAAAGAUACUAGUCAGCAAGCUUGAUGACCUCAGCACAUGUAAUGACUUGAUUGCCAAGCACGGGGCGGCCUUGCAACGUUCUCUCAGUGAACUCGAGGGCCUGAAAGUUCCCGUGGAAGGAGGCGAGAAAAUCAAAGCAGUCAACGAGCGAGCCACCCUCUUCCGUAUCACUUCCAAUGCUAUGAUCAAUGCUUGUCGAGAUUUCCUAGACCUGGCUGAGACUCACAGUAGAAGGUGGCAGCGGGCACUGCAGUAUGAGCGAGAGCAGCGUAUCCACCUGGAAGAGACCAUCGAGCAGCUAGCCAAGCAGCACAACAGUCUGGAGCGAGCGUGGAGAGCAGCACCGACACUUUCAUCCACUACACCCAGCGCCCCGACCAACAAGAAGGAAGGGCGUGAAAGGCCGCUCAAAGGAGAGGCGAGUGAUGAAGAUGAGGAUACUGAGUACUUUGAUGCCAUGGAAGAUUCCCCUGCAUUUAUCACAGUGACUGCCACAGACAACACACAGCACAGGCGAUCUCAGACUAGUUUGAGUGGAGCAAGCGGAGGCAAUUCCUACGACUGGAACCAGGACGACCAUAUGUCUCCGAGCUAUAACGAUGUGUCAGGGAAGGAGCUGCAGCCACGCAGACAACGGCGGACUCGUGUCCCUGACAAGCCUAACUACUCCCUCAAUUUGUGGAGCAUCAUGAAGAACUGCAUUGGCAAGGAGCUCUCCAAAAUUCCCAUGCCUGUCAACUUCAACGAGCCUCUGUCAAUGCUGCAGCGACUCACUGAAGACUUGGAGUAUCACGAGCUACUGGAUAAGGCGGCGCGCUGUGACUCCUCUCUGGAGCAAAUGUGUUUGGUUGCUGCCUUUUCCGUUUCUUCUUACUCCACGACUGUCCACCGGACAGCCAAACCCUUCAACCCGCUUCUGGGGGAGACCUACGAGCUCGAUCGCCUCGAGGAGUUUGGCUACCGUUCACUGUGUGAGCAGGUGAGCCAUCAUCCACCUUCAGCUGCACAUCAUGUCAUUUCUCAACGAGGCUGGACCUUGUGGCAGGAAAUUACAAUUGCGAGCAAGUUCCGUGGAAAAUACCUCUCCAUAAUGCCUCUGGGUGCAAUUCAUCUGCAAUUCCACGCUAGCGGCAACCACUAUGUGUGGAGGAAAGUCACGUCCACGGUGCACAACAUCAUUGUGGGCAAGCUGUGGAUCGAUCAGUCAGGGGACAUUGAGAUAGUGAAUCACAGGACCAAAGAGACCUGCCAACUGAAAUUCUCGCCGUACAGUUAUUUCUCCAGGGAAGUUCCUCGGAAGGUGACGGGUGUGGUGGCUGACAGUGUCGGCCAAGCUCAUUACAUCCUGUCUGGUACGUGGGAUGAGAAAAUCGAGAGUGCCAAGAUCGUUCAGAGCAGCCGAGGUGGUAGUGGAUCCGAAGGCAAGCAGAAGACCAUCUACCAGACUCUGUCCCCCAAACUUUUGUGGAAGAAGUAUUCUCUCCCAGAGAAUGCUGAGAACAUGUACUACUUCUCAGCGCUGGCGCUGACCCUGAACGAGUCGGAAGAUGGAGUCGGUCUGACCGACAGCCGUUUGAGACCUGACCAGAGGCUGAUGGAAGAAGGUCGAUGGGAUGAAGCCAAUUCAGAGAAACAAAGGUUAGAAGAGAAACAAAGAGCCGUGAGAAGGAGGAGAGAAGCGGAGGCCUCAGAUGCUCUAGAUGAAGGUCGAGAAUACGAAUGCUACCAGCCGCUGUGGUUUCAGCAGAGGAGGGACUCGGUCACUGGAGAAACAAACUUUGUAUACAAAGGGGGCUACUGGGAGGCCAAGGAGAGACAGGACUGGACCAUGUGUCCCGAUAUAUUCUAAUGCAGAACGCUUCCCCCACAUCAGAACCUCAGGAGACACGGAGCUGCUCGGCCUGGGCUUCUUCAACAGUGCGGUGUAGCAGGUUUAUGAGCUCUAAGUGGAGCGUUGUGAGAUGGUGAAUGUGACAACUUCCUUUUUUUGUACCUCCAAAUGUACACUCGGACUGCUUUACAGAUGAUGGGCUGAUCCUUGUCCCAGUGUGCGGAUGUGUGAUUCUGUCGGAGGUGUAAAAUCACACUAUGAAGACACCUGAUGAGUUUCCUGAAACAGAAUGCGAUUGUCAAAAGUGCAACAGGAGAUAUGUCCAAACAAUGUCAGUCUUCAAGUGAGUUACAGUAAGCAUCGUUUGUAAAGCUAGACUGAAUUUUCUGUCUUUGAGUUCCAAUUUGCGCUCAUGUAAUUAACUUGGAAGAAAUUGGUGCAGUCUAUUUGUUUGUAGUUGGUCAACAGGACACGACAGGUUUUAAUCCGAUUUUAAAAUUAGAUUUUUAAUUUGAAUUACAUAUAGGAAGUACUGUGUCAUAUAAUGAAACUGUCAUGAAUCUAAUUUUCACAGUAAAUGUUCAUGAGGUUCAUCACGUUUUUAUGAAUUACUUAAAAUAAUUAUUUCAGGUCCCCCAGUCGGAUAGAAUGAGUUUGCUUUCGUUGUAACAAACUACGAUGACAUCCUUUAAUGAAAAAUACGUGUAAUAAAAAUUGCUUUUAGAGGCAAAUUUUGGUUGAAACAAAUAUGGUUUAACGUCAACGGCGGAGGAAUUGAAAGUGAUAGAAAUUGUUUUUCAGCUCUGUAUUUUGUAAUGUAUUAUUCAUGUCGACUUGCAAACACAGUGAGACUGUCGGAAUUCUGCAUUUCAUUUCCUGCGCAUGCAAUUACUACUAGAGAUUAACCUGAUCUGAGUCUGUCUUCGCAAGUGUUUAGUAGGAAAGUAAAGGAAACAGGCUUGAUUGUGAAGUCCCUUGAGCAAUCUUUUUUUUUUUUCUUCCUUACUGAAUUUCCUGUAUUUUUAGUAACAAGUAAAAGUCACUUUUCCCUGGCUGGCUGAGAUUGUGUUCAAACUUGCACUUUCAAUAUUCAGUUGAAAUGCAUCCAUAUCAGGCAUCACCGGACCUGGCAAUAUUCAUUGUGCAUGAAUUGAAGCUACAACUUAAUUCUUGUGUUCCUGUUGAUACCAAAUGGACUUUCUCUUCUCUUUUGGUGCUUUCCCACAGCAUCGCAUAGCAUAUCGCUUCCAGUGACAGCCGCCGCUGUUCAAUAGUCACAAAACUUGCUCCUUAGCCUCCUCAAUGUUGACUUUAUACUGUAGUUGAUUCCAGUGUGAGUCUCUGUUGGCAGCAGGGUGAAGGUCGUAGAAAAGAACAGGGCUGGUUCCUGUCAGCUGAAGCCACAGAGGUCUUUGCUUACCACAGUUCCAGUGUGUUGUCCACAGUGUUUGUACAAUGAUCUGGGAUCAGCCUUUCAAGGUACCCGCAGUUUUUUGCCUUUAAUUGACUGGCCUCAUCUAGUGGCAAGCUAUGAAAAGUCAGUAUUUUUUGUAAUUAUUGGUAGGAAUGUAGAUUUCAAGACUAGAGGUACUCUAUGUUCCCCCUGGUCUCUUUGUGUGAAUAUUUUGUGAUAAGAAAAUUAUAGUGUAAAAUAAAGUCAUAUGAGAAUUGAGUUAUCUGUACAGCAUAUUUAAAACAUGAAGAAUUGGAACUACAAAAGACUCCACAAUAAUAAAAGAUUUAAAAAAUGCAUACUAAUUUGGUUGAGCAGUUCACAUUUAUAGCUCCAAAAUCUUUUUUUUUUUUUAAGAAAAGGAUAGGUAGGAUAUACGUUAACACAUUACUCAUUGCGCUCAUUUGAAUACAAAAAUAACAAUUCUGAAAACAACUUCACUGUGCUUCAAAAGCAUCUUACAAGGGAAAAAAUAGGUUACAUUUUUAGCUGUGAUAGUGUCACACAAAUCAAUUAUCUAUAAAACAGAGCAGCAUCUUCCAAAUUCUGUGAAGUUUUAAAAAUCAAAAAUAUAGACUGCAUUUUUUUCAGCAAGUAUACACAGCACAAGCGACUGCCAAUUAGAAAUUUUAUGGGAAAGAAUCCUUCGCAAAAAAGCAAGUGAUGAUAAUAAAUUUAAAAAAGUUAAUAAAAUACAAGUUUGUAUUAAUGAUUGACAACAUCCAUUUUAUCAGACACUAGAUUGUGACAUUGGCUGUUCAGGAUCAGAUAGUCCGUAGCAAUAACACACAAAAGUCCGUUUCCAGUCUCGUGCAAAAAAGGGGAAAACAAUCAAAGGUGUGCUGUAGAUUAAACAACAUUUUCAUCUGCCUUUCCUUUGUUUGGAGGGUUCUUCACCUGAUUUCAUCUUUAAAUUUUGGAUGCUUUUUCUGUUGACCUCAUGGGUGCCAUUCUAAUGUCUGCACAUUUCUACACUUUGUAUCUUGAUUGUAAUGUGUCAUAUUUGGUGUCCUCUAACGGCACUCAUUUUCUUCCAGUUUGAAGCUGUUUAUAGUUCCAAGACAGAAGUAAAGUGUGUGGAAGAUGGAAAUGUGUUGUUGGUUUUUUUGCUUUGUCCUGGGACUGUCACCUGUUGUUUGCUUAGGUAAAUGCUGCUGAUUUUACUAAUCUGUGUAAAAAAAAUAAAAAAAAAUAAAUUUAACAUAACACAACAGUGGUUUGGAAAUAUCAAAGGUUAUUGACAUGAUUUGACUUCUCUCACUUCCCUAAUACACAUACUGUCGGUGUAUUAUUCAAAUGUAAUUUUAAAAUUUAGAGGCUGUUGUUUUUACAUAAAUUGUGUAUUUUCCCCUCACUUUAUAACAUUGUCUUAUAACAACCAAGGCACAACAAUAAAACAAAGUUGUUGACACU